CUUCUGUGAUCAUACACAAAGAUCCUACAAAGGCUUAAUUGAACACCCAUAUUCAAACACUUCUCCAACAACACAAUCAUCAUGUCUAUGAACCCCGAGUCUGCUACUCCCCAACAGGGUGAGUUCCGAAGCAAGGUCGCUCCCUCUGAGCCCCUCACAACCAAGGGCCACAAGCCCGGAGUUCUCGUUGGCAACGACGCUGUCCCCGAGUUCCACGCCGAGCAACAUCCCGCCGGCACAGCUCCCCAAGAGAACACCUUCCAGCCCAACCCCGAGACCGAAAUCCCCGCCCAAGCCCCCGGUGCCUCGGGCGCCGUAUCUGCCUCCGCGACUCUUGGGGGUGCCACGUCCGCUGAUGUGCACACCGGUCUAGGAAAGCCUGCCGCUGGGCAGACUAGCCAGGAGCUUCACGGUCGGGAGAAGAAGGAUCGUUCUGGUCUUACGGGUGUUGGUGCGAACCCCUCUGACCCUAUCCAUGAUAUGGGUGCGGACCGGGAUCAUCCUACGAACUAUCGUGGAAAGGGUGGUGAGAACGCGGUGGAUUAUCCGGGUGCGGAGGAUAGAGAGCCUGUUAAGGCUGAGCAGGUUGCGAGUGAGCGCGCUUAGAUGUCUGCUGUGCGGAUGGGAUGGAGCGAUGUGUAUUAUCAGCCAUGAUGGCUUAAUGAGUUAAUGUCAAUGAUAUGAACCAACGACAUGUAUCGGUCGUUCCAUGUGAUAUGCAAUGUGAGGUCAAUGGACGGUAGAGGUAUACUGUGGUAGGAUCGGUUGAGGUUCACCCAAGACCCAACGGCAAUG